UUAAAAGAAAAAAGAAAAAAAAAAGCAGCUAAUUUCAAUGUCAAAAAAGUAUGGUGUGUCUGUCUUUGGAAUAGCUUUUAUUUUCUACCAAAACCUACUUUCUGCUAAAUUAUUGGGAUUGCUUGGAUUGUAAGCGAAGUCUCAUUAUUCGAUCACUGUACUUCACCAUGGAACACCACUUCACCCAACUCGACGACGGCGCCUCCGCCGACGGCAAACCGGCGUCUAAUUUCGGAGCGGCGGUUGCGACGGUGCUCCUAGCUUUGCUUUUACAAAUAUUUUGCCGUUGCUGUCGCUCAAUUUACCGUAAUCAUGUCAAGAAAUACAAGUUUUCUUCUUCUUCCGCCGCCGCUAACAUGGACCGGUCGAUAAUCGCCGCCGUGGAGAAGAUCCUUAAAUACAAGUUUAAAGACAAAAGACUCCUGGAAGAAGCCUUGACGCACUCUUCGUGCCGCGAAGACAUGUCGUACGAAAUACUAGAGUUCAUUGGGGACGCGGUGCUCGGCUUGGCUGUUGCUACCCAUUUCUUCCGUUUGGAGCCGCGACUGAACUCUGACCAGCUUACGCGGCUCCGGAAAAAAAGUGUAAGCAACAAGAGACUGGCGCACGUGGCAGCUAGGCAUGGGCUUAACCGCUUCGUCAGGAGGAAAGACACUGCUCCUCUUGACCUCAUUGUUAGGAAGUAUGUAGGGGCAGUUAAACAAGGAGAUGAUCAUAAAAACUUGGCAGUUCCAGGUAUUUUGGCUGAUAUUGUCGAAGCUCUAGCCGGUGCUGUUUAUUUGGAUCUCAAUUUUGAUCUCACCAAGCUGUGGACGAUAUUUAAAGAUGUAUUAGUGAUAGAUGAAAUUAAGGUGCCAAAGGAUUUUAAAUCUUCUGAGAUUAUUGGAGCACAAAAUAAGCUGUAUGGAUUAUGUGGCAAGAGAAAAUGGGGAAAUCCAGUUUACAGCGAAGUGAAAGCUGAACUUUGCGAAUACGGAAUGAAAUAUGUAUAUUCAGUUAAAGUUGAAACAGACGAUGGUAUUUGCGGCCACGAGGGUGAUGAAAAAUCAAACCCAAAAGAUGCCCGUAACUCUGCUGCUUACCUUUUGCUUCGUUCCCUGUAACAAUUUUCUAUUAUACGACUCUCUUGGAUCAUAUUUAUAGGGUAUAUGAAUAAUGUUAUCGAAUUUGGCUGAGUGUCGAAUAUGAAUACAUAUCCGUUAUUGUUAUACACCAUUGGAAAAUUAAUAUCCUCCUGUACUCAUGUUGGUAUAUAUUGGAUUUUACUAUAGAAGCAAA